AGAGGGUUAAAACUUGUACUGGCUCUGCUAAUUCAUAGAUUCUACUAAUUCACUCUCCUUGCCAUGCCCUGCCCACACCUAAUGCUACUGAACAGAAACUCGUCCUUCAUGAACUGUAGCUAAUUAUCUUGAAUAGCAAACAAGUCAAGGAAAGUUAUCUAAGGGGAUUAUAAUGUUGAUGUUUAAUAUAAUAUUAAUAUUUAGAGAUUAUAAUUUAGCUGCAUCAGUUGGAGAUGCUCAUAAACUUUGUCGAAAAUCUAGUAAUUUUAAUGAAUACACAAACAUGAAUGCAUCAGAUGCAACACUGCCCAGCAGCUACGAUUGACAGUGCUGCUCAGAGGCAACGAUGAUUGACAGUUCUGCCCGGGCUCCAUGUCUUGUAGCCCCGCAUGGUCACGCCCCCGUCUCCCGGUUAGGUGUCCCUCUCAAUGCCUGACAGCCGGUGGUCAGGUUGGGCGGCGGGUACUCCUGUUUGUUACCAGUCUGUGAGUCGGUUGCGAUAGUGUUUUUGCGAGACCUCAGUUGGUGUGCGUCUGCGGCGGCUGCCGAGUUUAGUCGUGCGAGGCCCCGGCAGGCAGGCGGUGGUGGUGCGCCCGUGGCUACGGUUGCUGGGGGGAGGGGAGGGGAGGGCGGCUUGGCGGGGAAGAUGUCUGCCACUCUCCUCUCGCCCAUCGUCGAUUAUUACAACGAUGAGGAGGAGCUGGACAGUGUGGACGACGAGGACGACCGCAGCAUCCGUGGCCGUGAGUCGGACGAAGAUACAGAGGAUGCAAGUGAGACAGAUAUUGCUAACAAGCAAGAUGAUGAAGACUACCUAGAAGUGAAAGAACAAAUGUACCAGGAAAAAUUAACAUCUUUAAAGAGGCAGCUACAACAGUUACAGGAAGGUACAUUGCAAGAAUAUCAGAAAAGGAUGAAAAAACUGGAUCAGCAAUACAAAGAAAGAAUAAGAAAUGCAGAGCUAUUUCUCCAACUGGAGACCGAGCAAGUGGAAAGGAAUUAUAUUAAAGAGAAAAAGGCAGCAGUGAAAGAAUUUGAAGAUAAAAAGAUUGAGUUGAAAGAAAAUCUGAUUGCUGAAUUAGAAGAGAAGAAAAAGCUGAUUGAGAAUGAAAGACUAACAAUGGAACUCACUGGGGAUUCUAUGGAGGUUAAGCCGAUUAUGACCAGAAAGUUGAGGAGAAGACCCAAUGAUCCUGUACCAAUUCCAGACAAAAGACGAAAACCUGCACCUGCGCAGUUAAAUUAUUUGUUAACAGAUGAACAGAUUAUGGAAGAUCUACGAACGCUUAAUAAGCUCAAAUCUCCAAAAAGACCAGCAUCUCCAUCUUCUCCUGAGCACCUUCCGAGCACUCCUGCAGAAUCACCAGCACAGAGGUAUGAAGCGCGAAUAGAAGAUGGAAAAUUGUAUUAUGAUAAGAGAUGGUAUCACAAAAGUCAGGCUAUCUAUCUGGAAUCCAAGGAUAAUACGAAGAUCAGCUGUGUAAUUAGCUCAGUUGGAACAAAUGAGAUAUGGGUGAGAAAGACAAGUGACAGCACCAAGAUGCGUAUAUAUCUGGGACAGUUACAUAGAGGAGUAUUCAUUAUACGUAGGCGAUCUGCUGCUUAGCACCAAACCAUGUUUGUGACUGAGAUCUUCCAAUUUUCUCUCUGCUCAGAGAGUGACUCCUUCCUGGUUUUUUGUAUGGAAAUCUGUAUUAAUACAACCAAACUUAAUGACAGACUGAAGAACACAUAAUUUGAAGACAUUCUUUCUAAUGCCAGUUCUGAUGAUUGUGUAUAUUUUUAAGAAUAAAAUUCGCCUUUUCAAGGAUUUUUCUUUCCUUUCACCUUCCUCCAAGAUGAAGUUGAGCAUUCUUUAUGGUUGAAAACUGCCAUUUUGUGGAUCGUUUCACUUAUUCCAGAUGACAAAAUGAAACCAGUUUUGCUUCAUUGCUGGACAGUCUGGUACCUCCUGAACGUGAACAAUUCAGUUGCCUUUUUUUUUUGGGGGAAAAAGAAAUUAUUUUGUACAUGUUGUUUAUUUUGUAAUAGAAUGCUUUACCAUUGUCACUAUUAAACACAGGCCAAAAUGUGUUUUUUUUUGUUUUUAAAUGUGUAUUAAAUAACCUUGUUUCUUUGAAUAAAUCAACUUGAGUUUAUGUUUUGUGGUAUUCCCUGUAAGCAUUAAUAAACCUGAAAAUGGUGGCAGCCUUGGUUAUGGUUGGUACUGGAA